AUGUCUGACCUUAGCCAAGUAGCCGUGUACUCAGACUCCACAGACAUUUAUAAGAUAGUUUGUCGUCAUGUCCACCCUCCUCUGUUCUGCUUUUCCCAGAAUGUGUUCUGCAACCCUGCCUUCGAGCUGGAAGGGGAGCGAGAGGAGAAGGUGGAGGGAUUCAGAACCUCCUCAUCCACCCCUGAACCAAUCAAACCACAAGCAGCUGGCCUGGGCUGGGGUGUGUUUGGGGUGUGUGUUAUGCGUCUGCGAGGACCAGGUUGUGGCUGGGGGGUGGUGGUGGUGUCUGUUGCUACCCUGCUCUUGGUAGCUGCCAUCGGACUGGCGCUGGCCCUCAUCCUCACACAGAUCAAAGGCCAGGCAGUUGAGGAGCAGUUGCUGUCCACCAGCCCUCCAGACCUGCUGAGUGCAGGAGAUGGAGGGUCCCAUAUUUUACCAACAAUCCCUGCCAACAGAAGUCAGCAGGACAAUUCAGCAGCACCACAGCCUGCUAGGAUCCCCCCACCUGAAACAAGUUGUGGAGGAGUUCUGACUGACACAGAGGGCAGUUUCAGUUCACCUAACCAUCCCGGCUCCUACCCUCCCAACUCCCUGUGUGUGUGGGUGAUCAGAGUCACGCCCCCCUCCUUGGUCCAGAUCCAUGUUUCCUCUCUGAACGUGGAGGGUCCGUCUCCCUGCCUGUUUGACUGGCUGGAGGUGCAGGAGCAGAUUGAGCAAAGCUCUGUGGUCACCAGGUUCUGUGGAAACGUAGCACCACCAACAGUCAACACAAACAGCAGCACUGUGUGGGUCACCUUCCGAUCUGAUAGCAGCAUUGCAGGCAACGGCUUCACAGCACAGUACAGGGCUAUUCUGCCUGGACACAAGAGCUGCUCCAGAGAAGAGUUCAUGUGUGACAGUGGUCGCUGUCUGCUGCCUGUGUCUGUGUGUGAUGGUCAUCCAAACUGCCAAGACCAAACAGAUGAGGCCAACUGCAGCCAUAAAAACAAGGAAUGUGGUGGGCUGAAGAAUGGACCAUAUGGUUACCUGGCAAGUCCAAACCACCCCAGGCCUUAUCCUCACCAGCAGUUGUGUAUAUGGUACAUUUCUGUUGAGGAGGGGCACUUCAUUACACUGAGCUUCAGAAACUUCAGCCUGGAGACUCAGGAUGUGUGUGAGUUUGACUAUGUGGAGGUACACGACAGCGUCAAUACUGGAGCUGGAAGAGUCCUGGGAAGGUAUUGUGGUACCAGCUUUCCACCAGACCUGACCUCCUCUGGCCCCCACAUGACAGUGGUGUUUGUAGCUGAUGAGGGAGUGGCUGACAGCGGCUUCAACGCAACAUAUCAGGCUAUGUCCCUACUAGAUAGGACAUGUGGUCCCAGCCAGUUUGCCUGCAGUACAGGAGAGUGUCUUCAGCCGCAGUUGUUGUGUGACGGAUGGAAUGACUGCUCUGAUGGAGCAGAUGAGCAGGGCUGCGGCAACUCCACCUACCCUCCCUUCACUUCAUCAUGUGAGCUCAUAGAUGUGGAGAUGUGUCAGGGCCUCAGCUACAACCUCACCUCCUUCCCCAACAUCUGGCUGUCCAUUGCUGAUCAGAGAGAAGCUGCCACACUCCUGCGACAGUAUCGGGUGCUGAUGGAAAUGGCCUGCUUCGAGCCCCUGCGUAGGCUGGUGUGUGGGAUGUUCCUGCCCCAGUGUAGCCCUCACGGUGGCGUCCUCCAGCCCUGCCGUUCAGUCUGCUCUUCAGCAGAGCAGCAAUGCAGCCAAGCCCUGGACCUCUUCUCCUUCAGCUGGCCUUUCAACUGCCACCUCUUGCCCGACUCACAGAACCCCAUGGAGUGCUCGCUGCCUUGAUGCCUCAAUUACAAUGCAUUAAAGAUACUGCUGUGCUGUUAGUGAGAGAUUAUCAUACCUGGUCUGCUCCAAAACAGACAUCUGGCACCAGAUGGAGUGUUUGAGGACUGAAAGGCUUGCACGAAAUAGAACUGGAGACCAGACUAGUUUUUUUCACAGCAGGUCCACAGCAUUCAGGAGUUGUGCUAUUGCAAGCAGACUGACUUCCUGCAAGACUACAACCUUCAACAAACUACUACCUUUAAAGCCUGUAAUGUAGAAUAUUGUGGCAUCGUAGCAAUUUUUAAAGGAAGGCUGGCACUUUGGCCACAGGUGACAAUUACAGGAUCAUGGCAAAUGCCAAAAUGUAGUGCUACAGUUGCACAAGUGGAGAAGAGUGAUGAAGUCAAACUGGCUCGGCAACAUCUGUCGAACAGCGUUUUCUACCUAAACUUUUCAUUGCUUACAAAGUUAGUUUUGCUUUAAAGAAGCAAUAAAGAAGAUGGA